GCGGGAGAGGUGGGGAGCCGCCGGAUGGUGGGAGGAUGGACGAGGCUGCAGUGAGGCAAGGCUUCCUGUACCUCCAGCUGCAGCAGACUUUUGGUGGCAAGAAAUGGCGCCGCUUCGGGGCCGCGCUGUACCCCGAGUCGGGCUGCGCCCUGGCCCGCCUGGAGCUGCAGGAGGGCCCCGAGAAGCCGCGCCGGGGAGACGCGCCGCGCCGGGUCAUCCGCCUCUGCGACUGCCUGCGGGUGGCCGAGGCGGGCGGCGACGCGGGCAGCCCCCGCGACACCAGCCCCUUCGUGCUGGAGACCACCGAGCGCCAGUACCUGCUGGCCGCGCCCGCCGCCGAGCGCGCGCCCUGGGUGCGGGCCAUCUGCCUGCUGGCCUUCCCGGGCCAGCGGAACGAGGCGCCCGACGGCCAGGCCCGGCCCCGCAUGGCCGAGAACGAGCUCUACGGCAGCCGCCAGCCAGUGGCCCCCUGUAAGGAGUUUGCUGUGACCGUGAGGCCCACAGAAGCCAGUGAGAGGUGCCGGCUCCGGGGGUCCUAUACCCUGCGGGUCGGGCAGGGUGCCCUGGAGCUGUGGAGAGGCCCCGAGCCGGGCACCCAGCUCUACAACUGGCCCUACAGGCUCCUGCGGCGCUUUGGACGGGACAAGGUCACCUUCUCCUUCGAGGCCGGUCGGCGCUGCGACUCUGGAGAAGGCACCUUUGAAUUCGAAACCCGGCAAGUCAGCGAGAUCUUCCAGGCCCUGGACGAGGCCAUCGCGGCCCAGAAGAACGCCCCCGCUGCCGCACCCCAAACCCAGCCAGCCGCGGUCCCCACGGUGCUCCCUGUGGCGCUGCCCCGGCCGGAGAGCCCCUACUCCCGCCCCCACGACUCGCUGCCACCCCCUUCGCCCACUGUGUCAGUGCCCAGCCCCCGGUCCCGGGGCCCCGAGGGGGAGUACGCGGUGCCCUUUGACGCCGUGGCCCGGAACCUCGGCAAGAGCUUGAGGAGCAUCCUGGCAGGCCCUCCGAAGGCCCUGGGCGACCCUCUGUAUGACAGCAUCCAGGAGCACGCAGCACCCCUGGGACCAGACCACAUCUAUGACGAGCCGGAGGGAAUGGCAGCCCUGACCCUGUAUGACAGGCCCCAGGAGCCCCAAGGCGAGGCCUGGAGGAGGCACGCCGCCCCCGACAGGGACCCGAGUGGCCUCCAGCACGUCUACCCGGCGGGGCAGGAGCUCUGCGCUGCUGACUGGUCACAGGCCACCGAGUACGACAACGUGGUGCUUAGGAAAGGCCCCAAGUGAAGGGUGGGGUCCGGUGCAUGUAGCUGCCCUGGGUCCAGGCUGGAGCAGGUCACUUGAAGCCUCUCCUGGCGGUUCCCCUGGCUCCUACAUCCCGGAAACGUCCCUCUGCUCCUAUUCCCGUCAGAGGCAUUGUCCCUCCGGGCCGUGACAUGACUCACCCUCCCGAAGCAGAGAAAUCGCCCAGACCCACCCACCCAUCCACCCACUCUUCUACUCCUUCCCCACUUCCUCUUCUCCCCGCCCCCGCCCUGUAGCAGAACCACAGGCAUGUAGGGCAGAGGCCAAGGGACAAAACGACAUCAGCAAAUCGCUGGGGCCUUGGCUUGUGCGAGCACUCCCCGGGGAGCGUGGCUUCUCCGGGCACUCACUGUUCCUGGAUCAGGCCUGCGUGAUAGUCCAGUGGAUAUGGUGCUUGCCGUGCCUGCAGCUGGCCUGGGUUUGAUCCCCGGCUUCUCAUACGAGUGACCUCUGGACCCAGAGUCAGGAGUAAGCCCUGACCACAGCUGUG